GCUAGGUUGUUGACGUUGUUGUCAAAGCGCUCUCACGUUUCGAGUGUUCUGUGUGCGCCCUGUUGAAACCGGAUGACGGGGCUAUUGUGUUUACGUGUGCGUGAUAUACUGUUGACAAUAUAACCCCCCCAGACUGGCUAUACUAGGCGAGGUGUAAGGACGUGGCCUUGCAGGAGCGUCGAAGACACAACAUGUCGACCCUUAGAAACAUAAGCUCUUUCCGCUGUGUGAAGGACGGUUGGAAAACUCUAGAUCUCAGCAAUCAAAACCUCCUGGUCAUUCCUCCCGCAAUCUUCGAACACGUCGAUUUAGAGAGGUUAGACCUUCAGGACAACAACAUCUGCACGGCUGUAGUACCACGAGAAGCCGCUAGCCUCGCGUCGCUCGUGAUCUUGGAUUUAGGAAACAACACAAACCUCGGACAUCUUCCUCGACAGAUAGGGCUUCUUGCGAAGCUCCGGGAGCUGAGAGUUCAGAGGUGUGGGAUUGAGAAGCUGCCAGAGGAGCUGUACAACCUGCAGACGCUAGAGGUCCUCGUUGCACCGGGAAACAAGAUAACCACCCUGAGUGAAGAAGUAGACAGACUGUACAACUUGAAAGAAAUCUGGCUAGGAGAGAAUGAGCUGGAGUCGUUGCCGGGGACGCUAUGCGUGUUGUCGAAUUUGCACACUCUGAGUCUGUACAAGAACAAGCUAUCGUCGCUUCCACCGGGAAUAGCGAACCUACAGACACUCAAGCUGCUCAGCAUUCAGAGCAACCGCUUCACAGCGCUCCCUGGCGACAUCUGCAAACUGUGCAACCUGCAGGUGCUGCAUGUCGGGGAUAACGUCAUUCACGAACUGCCGGAGAACAUCACCAAGCUGACCAAACUCAGAGUGCUGAGCAUCAGUGCGUCUCACUUCAAGGUGUUCCCCGCCCAGGUGCUGCAUCUGUGGGCCCUGGAGGAGCUGUACAUGGGCCGCUGGUCCGGGCCGGGGAGACGGUCCUUCGUCCCCAAGGACAUCGCGAUGCUCCGGAACUUGAAGCGGCUGGCUGUGGACGUGUGCGGGCUGGAGUCCCUCCCGGACGGGGUCGGCGCGCUCACGCACCUCGAGUACCUCAGCCUGAGCUACAACCGGCUCUCGUACCUCCCUCCACAGAUCCUCACGCUCACCAACCUCAAGGUCCUGAAACUCAAGAACAACGGCAUGACCAGUCUCCCCUCGGCCAUGCACAGACUCGGCAACAUCGAGCAGAUCGAUGUCUCCGGGAACCCCCUGACAUACCCUCCAGCUGAGGUACUGAAUGGGGGAGUUGCUGCCAUCAUGGCCUUCCUCACUGAAGAGGCAAGACUGGAGAGGAUCAGGAGGGAGAAAGAAGACCGAGAGUUCAGCCAGCUGAUGAACACGCUGUCGGCGGACGUGGAUCGGGCGGAGUGGCGGUGGAUCGGGCGGGAGCUGGGGCUGACAGACCUGGAGCUGCACGCCAUACAGGAGGACGCGCAGGACAACGUUCAGGAGCAGACCUACAAGGUGCUGAUGACCUGGCGGGAGCAGGCGGGAGAGUGCGCCACGCUGGACCGCCUGGUGGAGCACCUGAGGUCCAUCCGGCUGCACCACCUAGCGGAGGCACUGCAGGACAUGAGGGAAAAGCGACACCUAGCGGAUCCAGUGCUGUAGCCACCAAUAGCUCCCCUGACAUUCGUACAUUGCUUUGUAUUUCAACAGAAUGCCGAAUGUCACAAUGAAUAUCUUCCCGUUUACAGACUUGUGUUGUAAUACAGAGACAUGGAUUUUCUUGCCAUUUAGCCGAUGUGUUUUU